AUGAGCCCCUUUACGUCAUCCACCAUCCUUUACUUCCUACUAUUCCUCUUCUCCUUGGCCGUUGCAAGCGACAAGAUCAGCGUCCAAUGGGCCAUCUGCGACCCCAGCCCGCAGCACACGCUCGCAAAGCUCGGUCUCGACGCAGCAACACCGCCCUACAAAGAAAACCCAAUUACAUACUACGACGAACUUCCACCCAUCCACAUCUCCUCGAGUCUGAUGUUCCGCGCGAAAACAAACAAAGGCCAGCCGCUGUCCACGGUCAAAGCUCGCUUCCUUGAGGAAAUCUCCGACGUGCCAGAUUUCGUCGCAUGUACAUGGAACCGCUACGGUGACAACCGGCCGACAUAUACCUGCGAGAAACGCUGUCCUCUGAACAUGGUAUUUCCAGAAGAAAUCUGGUGCGGAGAGCAGAUAAAAUUUGCGCAACAGUAUCAGCACGUUGACUGGGCUGCGCUACGUGCGUAUGGUCCGUACCAAAAUGCGAAGUGGAAGGUGGUGAUUGAGGGACACAAAGCCAAGUUCGAUGAUGUCGUGGCUGGGGAUUUGCACCUCAUGGAGAUUGAGGCCAAGGUGCACAGGAAGAAAGCUGAUGAAGUGGUUAAGGCGACGACGCAGUAUCUGAGAGAUAGGGGGGUUGUGCUUUGCGAGCCACAGGAAGGAAAGACGAUGCGACUGUUUCGUGCUAUGGGGUAUAUUAGCGAUGAAGUAGAAGAGCUCUAG